CCUAAACGACUUGCAUACAGAUAACGAGAACAUUUUUUCAUUCGACAGUAAUUGGAUAAUAGACGCUUAUCAAGACACUAGUUGUAUCAACACAAGCUCUAAUAAUGUGUAGGUUGAAUGCAGCAACUAGCUCGGAUCUAGCUUCAUUCUGUCAUUGAGUUAGUAUGCGCGAUGAUUGUCGUGUGAUUUUGAAGUUUGCUUGCAAAGUCAUUGAGUUCAACGUACAGUGUUCUUUAUCAAUGUCCUUUUGAAUAGCAUAAAUCAAACAGUUGCAGACGUUUAAGCGAAGCCGAAGUGCAAUUUUCUACUGAAUUAGCUAAGUGGUGUCUGCAAAUCAUCAGCCAUGUCAUUAGCUUCAAAAGGCCAGCUCGAGUUCAAGUUGCUUACAGAGGAUAAGGUCGAGGAGGCUUUGAACAUUCAGAGUGAAACUAUGAAACAAGAAUGUUUGGCAAUAGGUGUGGGCAUGUUUGAGGAGCCGGGCGCACCUGAAGCAAUGAAAUUGGUUUUCAGAGAAAUCAUCAAAGACGGUACCACAAUAAUCGCUGUUGACACAGAAACAAAUGAACUGGCGGCAGUGGCCUUCAACAAGAUACACGGCCGACCGAGAGAAGGUGAAAAAGAUGCGUUUGAAAUCUCCGUGGAAGAGAACCUCAAGCACCAAUCGUGUCAAGAGCUAGUCAAGUUUCUCGAUGCUAUUGAAACGAAGGUGGACAUUUACAAAAAGUACAACGCGAACGGAGCAAUGGAACUCUUUUAUCUUGGCACCAAUCCUCGGUAUCAAGGCCGCGGGAUCGGUUGUCAAAUGGUGCGAAAGUGCAUCGAGUUUGCACGAGGGCUCUUGAACGGUACAGUGAAAAGAAGAUCGAUCGAUGGAAGAGUCAUGGACGACCAUGUGCUUCCAGAACUGAUUUACGGAGUGUUCGCUUCGAAUUACAGUCAAAGAAUCGCUGACACGCUGAGUUUCGAGAUCCUACACGAAGUUCGGUACGAUGAUUAUUCUUGUGCUGGUAAAAAAAUGGCAGAGAGAAUAGGCGACGUUCACAGGACAGCUAGGUUGCAAUGCCUCAAACUCUGAGUUAUCUGAAAUAGAUGAUAGUGUAAAAUAAAAGUAAUGUAAAGUAAUGUAACAUGAAAAGAGAGAAAAAGAAAGAGAAAAUGUAAAAAUGAAAAAGAUGUUACGUCCGCCUUGAUGCAAUGAUGCUUCCCUGAAGAAAAUUCACCACCUAUAAAUUACAGUUCCUUAAAAUGAAGCUUUGUAGAGUUUAAAAUAAAUAUUUGAAUUAAAGGUUAACUAGAAAAAGGUACCUUUAUGAAAAGAAAAAGGAGGGAACAUAGCAAAGAAAUCAGCAGUCCAAUUUAAGAAGUAGUUUUCACUCCAGCAGCAAGCAGUUUGAAGAGAUCUUACACUAUCCUCAUGCAAAGCGCGCAGUACUGCUUCAUACAUAAUUAACUUCGUUAGCAGCUCCUCGCUUUCUG